UCGCCGUUCUGUAGCUGUACUCUGUCGUAAACGGGAGUUGUACAGUUAUCUGCUGCAGCAGUCAGUCCAGGCUUGCAUCGAACCGGCUACAGCGGCACUACGCUCGCUCAGAACAACCAAACAACUGAUACCGCGCCACUUGGAGUUUGGAACUGUAUGUCACGAGUCGCAUCCUGGCGUCUUCCAUUUCCCGCGUGAAGGAAUCACGAAUACGCUUAGCUGACACCAGGGGGAAAUAAAAUAGCGCACCUGAGGAGGAACGUUUGAUUAGAUUUGUUGUCAAAACAGUGAAAUACAGGAAGGUCCGAUACGGAGCGCAACGAAUUUUGUCUUUGAGCAUCGCUCUAGAAAUGCGUUCGCUGCAGGUAAAUGUCGUAUUGAUGUUUGUUUUUGCCGCGGUGUGAACUUCACCAACCUUCCUAAACUCUCCGCCGGAUCAUGCGAUGGAUCUCCUCCAGUAGCCUACAUCUGUCUGUCAGCUCUCUCCAGCGGGGACUUGAUGUGAGGAGGGUCCGGGGAGAGGAGAGACACCCACGGCUCCACUUGGGAUCUAAAGGCGCUGUGUGACCAGGUUUCUUCUUCUGGAUAGUCUCCUGCUCGGCGCGGUGCUGGGCAGCCUGUGGAUGGUACAGAAAUGACUUUAGGAGAAAAACUCUGCCUCGUUUUCCUAUUUUUUCGGAUUUUCUUCACUCCUACCAGCCACGGCAAUCAAGUGGUACUGCUGGACACCACCUCUGUUUUGGGAGAGCUGGGAUGGAAUACCUAUCCCAUGAAUGGGUGGGAUGCUAUAACAGAGAUGGAUGAACACAACCGUCCCAUCCAUACCUUCCAGGUGUGUCACGUGAUGGAACCCAACCAGAACAACUGGCUACGCUCCAAUUGGAUCUUCCGCCAGGCAGCACAGAAGGUGUACGUGGAGCUGCGGUUCACUCUGAGAGACUGUAACUCCAUCCCCUGGGUAUCUGGGACCUGCAAGGAGACAUUCAACCUUUUCUACUAUGAGACAGACGAGUCCCACGGGGUCAAGUUCAAACCCGCCCAGUACACCAAGAUUGACACCAUUGCAGCCGACGAGAGCUUCACCCAGAUGGACCUGGGAGACCGCAUUCUGAAGCUCAACACUGAGGUUCGGGAAGUGGGUCCUAUCUCCAGGAAGGGUUUCUACCUGGCGUUCCAGGACAUUGGGGCGUGCAUCGCCCUGGUCUCAGUCAGGGUGUACUAUAAGAAGUGUCCCUUCACCCUGAGGAACCUGGCCUCCUUCCCUGACACCGUGCCCCGGGUCGACUCCUCCUCCCUGGUGGAGGUCAGGGGGGCGUGUGUGGAGCAUGCCGAGGAGAGGGACACUCCCAAACUGUACUGCGGCGCCGACGGUGACUGGCUGGUGCCUUUGGGGAAGUGUGUCUGUAGCCUGGGCUAUGAAGAGAUGGACGGGACAUGUCUCGCGUGUCGACCAGGCUUCUACAAGGCGUUUGCGGGGAACAUCAAGUGUUCUAAGUGUCCCCCUCACAGUUUCAGCUAUGGAGAGGGGGCUGCUGUCUGCCACUGUGAGAAGGCUUUCUACAGAGCUGCGAGAGACCCACCCACUAUGGCCUGCACACGUCCCCCCUCCCCUCCUCGUAACGUGGUCUUCAACCUUAAUGACACCUGUCUACUGUUAGAGUGGUCUCCACCCAGUGACAUGGGUGGUCGCAGGGACUUGACCUAUAACGUGCUGUGUAAACGCUGUGGCCCAGAGCCCGACCAAUGCCAGCUGUGUGGGGAGGAGCUUCGCUUCGUGCCCCGCCCCCAGGGCCUGACCAACGCCAUGGUAACAGUGAUGGACUUCUCGGCUCACGCCAACUACACCUUCGAGAUCGAGUCGCUGAACGGAGUGUCUGAGAUGAGCCACUUCCCGAGACCUGUGGCCGCCAUCACUGUCUCCACCGACCAGGGCGGUCCCUUUAUGGUGGGCGUGCUGAAGAAGGACUGGGCAUCUCAGAACAGCAUUGCCCUGUCGUGGCUGGAGCCAGAACAGACCUCCCUCCUGGUGGUCGACUAUGAGGUCAAGUACUACGAGAAGGAACAUGAGGAGUUGAGCUACUCGUCGACGCGGACCAAAGCCCCCAGUGUGGUCAUCACAGGGUUAAAGCCCUCCACCUGCUACGUCUUCAGCCUGAGAACACGCACCUCCUCUGGACACAGCGCCUACAGCCCCAAAUGCGAGUAUGAGACCACGGACGACACGUCGGACAUGGCUUCAGACCAGGGACAAGUGUUGGUGAUCGUCACGGCAGCCGUGGGCGGCUUCACUCUCCUCAUCAUCCUCACCCUCUUCUUCCUCAUCACCGGACGGUGUCAGUGGUACAUCAAAUCCAAGAUGAGCUCAGAGGAGAAGAGGAGGACCAACUAUCAGAGUGGACAUGCUCUCCCGUUCCCGGGAGUAAAGGCCUAUGUAGAUCCAGACACCUAUGAGGAUCCUACCCAGGCUGUCCAUGAGUUUGCCAAAGAGAUUGACCCGACCCGGAUCCGUAUAGAAAGAGUUAUUGGAGCAGGUGAGUUCGGGGAGGUGUGUAGCGGUCGUCUGCGGAUACCGGGGAAGAGGGAGAUUGCCGUGGCGAUAAAGACACUGAAGGGCGGCUACGUGGAGCGCCAGAGGCGGGACUUCCUCCGAGAGGCCAGCAUCAUGGGACAGUUUGACCACCCAAACAUCAUCAGGCUGGAGGGCGUGGUCACCAAAAGCAGACCUGUGAUGAUUGUGGUGGAGUACAUGGAGAAUGGAUCUCUGGACUCUUUCCUGAGGACGCAUGAUGGCCAGUUUACAGUGAUCCAGUUGGUGGGCAUGCUGCGUGGCAUCGCGUCGGGCAUGAAGUACCUGUCUGACAUGGGCUACGUCCACAGAGACCUGGCCGCCCGCAACAUUCUGGUCAACAGCAACCUGGUGUGUAAAGUGUCUGACUUCGGCCUGUCCAGAGUCCUGGAGGACGACCCAGAGGCUGCUUACACCACCACGGGAGGUAAGAUUCCUAUCAGGUGGACAGCUCCAGAGGCCAUCUCCUACAGGAAGUUCUCAUCAGCCAGCGACGCCUGGAGCUACGGAAUCGUCAUGUGGGAAGUGAUGUCAUACGGGGAGCGGCCUUACUGGGAGAUGUCCAAUCAGGACGUGAUCCUGUCCAUAGAGGAGGGCUACCGUCUCCCUGCUCCUAUGGGCUGCCCCGUGGUUCUACACCAGCUGAUGCUACACUGCUGGCAGAAGGAGAGGAGCCAGAGGCCCAAGUUCACUGAUGUGGUCUCCUUCCUGGAUAAGCUGAUCAGGAACCCAAGCAGCCUGCUGGCCCUGGUGGAAGAUAUACAGGGUCUAGCAGAGUCCCCAGGAGAGGUGGUGGACUACCCCAUGUUCAUCUCCAUCGGGGAUUGGCUGGAUUCCAUCAAGAUGAGCCAAUACAAGAGCAGCUUUGUGGCAGCAGGAUUCAGCACACUGGACUCUGUGGCCCAGAUGAGCAUUGAAGACGUGCGGAGGACCGGGGUGGUGUUGAUUGGCCACCAGAGGAGGAUCGUCAGCAGCAUACAGACCCUCCGACUGCAGCUACUACACCAACAGGAGAAGGGCUUCCAUGUAUGAGACCUUAGAACAGACAGACGGACAGACAGCCACAGCCUGUGCCUCAGUCUUCACCCCUCAGACAGACAGACAGACAGACAGACCGUCUCAGCCUGGAGGCCUCUCUCAGACAGACUACCACACAUUUGGACCUCAAUGCAGAACCUCAAUAAAGCCAGACUGUUUUGUACACCUGAACCUGCUCCAGCCAGAGACAGAACAGCAGAGACAGGACUCUGAGAGACACACUGCCCCUGGCUCCCCCUGGGGAAUGUAUGCCUUGUUGCAACAUCACUACUUAUUAUACAGUAGAACUGUAGACUUGGGAAUGUACAUUUUCUCUCCAUGUUUUUGUGACCAUGAUGUAGCUGCUAACAGAUGAGCAAUCAAAAGGAUUGUCCUUAAAUAAUAUGAUGUGAAUUAUUUUGGAGUUUGAUAAGUAAGCGUCAUCAUAAGGUAUUCUUGUUACAUGAUUUAACCUCUCCAGAGUAUCUGGGUAUGCUAAUACUUGAAGAAAACGAAGAGACAGUUUUUGAAGUGCAGAGGAUUUCUGAAUGUUUUAAGUGUAUAGACAAUUUAUCGAUUAUAAUCCUAAACUAAUAUUCAUAUAUGUGCAGUCCUGUAUGUGAGCGCCCUAGUAAAUCUGGAUGUUAUCUCUUUAUUUACCAUUUUAUCGAAAUCAGCAAUAUAUGCAGUCGUCUCAGUAACUAAGAUAAGAGAAAUAAAUAAAUGAUACUCUCUUAUGGACCUACAGACAUUGAGAGCAGAUUGUCAGCAAACCUCAACAGACUGUGUAACAUGCUAACAUGCCAACUACACAGGGCGGUCUGGCAAUGCUAAAGACUUAUGGAAGUUGCUGGAAAACAAUGUACAGUAUGUAGUAUGAGGGGGACUCAAGGCUGUUGGGCAUACAGUAGUUGGUUUCAUUAUGUGUUUUUUGUGGUCAAGACUCACAUGUAUUCCAAGAUAGAGAGAGACAGAGGUAUGUUCUGCAGGUUGACAGACACAUAGUGACAGCAACACCAGAGUAAUAUCUCUUUGUCUCUAGAAGGCCCUCAACAGCAUUAUAAUAACCCAUGAGCCUCUCCAGAUCCACACUAACGCAGGUGGUUCGGUGAACCACAAAAAACAUAUGCCUGAAACUUGAAGACUUGCGUUAGCUAAUGCUUAGGCUUUAACUCGGCAGGCUAACAUAGUCUUGUGGAGCACAGACGACCCAGGUUCAAACCCAGUCGGUCACACACACACACCUACAAUAUGUUCUGGAUGUUCAGUAUGUUCUGGAGCAGGAGUGUACCUGAGGAGCCUGUACGGCAGUGGAGGCUGGUGGGAGGAGCUAUAGGAGGACGGGCUCACUGGAAUGUUAUCAAUGGAACGGUAUCAAACAUACUUGGAACCACAUUUCACUCCAUUCCAAAAUUCCAUUCCAACCAUUACAAUGAGCCAGUCCUCCUAUAACUCCUCCAACCAGCCUUCACUGCUGUACAGAGUAGGAGGAAUUUGCCCCAAGACACUGAUCUAACAUCAGUUUAAUAUUUUACCCCCUAAUGGUUGAGGUAAGAAUUGAGGUACGCUAAGCUGAUCCUAGAUCUGUGGUUCGGAACAACUUCUAAAUGGAGCUCACCUGUCCAGCAGCUGUUCACAGACAGAGCGUUCAGGUGUCCCUCAGAGGGGAGGACACACACACAAACACACACACUUCCCUCCUCCUGGAAGGAAAGAUUAGAUCAGGCUGUUUAGCAUGUCUUACUGUCUUGCUGAGCAACGGGAGAAUGCUCUUUUGUACAAAGUACAAGUAUACUUAUAAUUCUUGUAUUUUAUUUUUCUAUCAUUUCCAGAGAGACGUGGUAGAUCUUGCACACUGUAAGACGCAGUUUAAAGCGGAUAUUUAUUUGCAAAUAAAGAACAGUUCUGGUG